CCUCCCACACUAUAAGUUGUUUUCCGGCCAUGUUCGCCGUUGACGGAAUGCUCGGAUACCAUUUUCCGGGAAACGAAACCGGUUUUUUCACAGCUUGGGAAAGCUAUGAAACUUCUCUCGGCUUUCUCCCGUUUGGAGAAACCACUAAUAAUGAACCGGCCAUUUCUCAAUCUCCUUUAGAAAAAUCUUGCGUUAUAAUUGAUGAUGAUGAUGAUGAGGAUACCGACAAGAAUAAGAACAUUCGUGGAAAUGGGUCCCAUGACAGAACAUUGAAAACCGGUCCGGUUCACUUGGACAGGCUAAAAAUUAAGGCCGGUUCAUGUGGAAAACCGGGUUCGGUUCUUGAUGAACGACGGCUUAAACGAAUGAUAUCAAAUCGAGAUUCGGCCAGGAGGUCCCGCGAGAGGAAACAGAAACAUUUGGAUAACUUGAGUGAUCAAAUGAACCGGCUCAGAACCGAGAAAAAGGAACUAGCGAACCGGCUGCAGUCUGUAUUGCAUCAAACAGUUUUCGUUAGGAGAGAGAACGACCGGUUCCGGUCCGAGUCGGUGAGAUUAAGGGAAAAUCUUUGGGCUUUGCGCCAAAUUUUGAUGGUCCAAGAACUUCAACAACAACAGCUUAAUAAUUCAAGAUGGUCAUCAUUAGUAACAUAAUUAAGUUUAAUUAAUCCGUUAAAAUCAAUUU